ACAUCAAGUCAGCUGGUGUUGGUAAGUGAAUAGACAGAUUGAUGGAACAGAACAGAUUGCUGAGAAAUAGGCCCACAUAAGUAGUCAGCUUAUCUUUGACAGAGGAGCAAAGGCAGUAGAAUGGAGUGAAGAUAAUUCUUUCCAACAAAUGAGACUGGAACUAUUAGACAUCCACAUAAAAAAGAAUGAAUCUAGACACUGAACACGCCACAAAAAUUAACUCAAAAUGCAUUGUAAAUCUAAGUGGAAAAUACACAACUCCUAGAAGAUAACAUAGGAGAAAUCUUAAAUGUCCUUGGAUGUAGCAAUACCUUUUUAAAUAAAAAACUGAGAGCUUGAUCCAUAAAUAAUUCAUAAACUGGACUUCAUUAAAAUUAAAAACUUAGGCUCUAUGAAAGCCCUUGUUAAGAGAGUGAGAAGACAAGCACGGGUUGGGAGAAAAUCUUUGCAGAAGACACAUUUGGAUUAAAGGACCAUUAUCCAGCAUAUGCAAGGAAGUCUUAAAACUCAACACUAAGAAAUAGCCUAUCAAAAAUGGGUCAAAGACCUUAAUGGACACUCCUCCACAGAAGAUGUAAAGAUGGCAAAUAAGCAUUUAUGAAAAGAUGCUCCACAUCAUAUCAUACAGAAAAGUACAAGUCAAAAUGAGAUACCACCACAUAUCUGAGAAUGCCCUAAAUCUGGAACACUAAUAGCACCAAAAACUUCUUUGCUGGUGGGAAUACAAAAUUGUACAGCUGCUUUGGAAAAGUUUGGUUUCUUAUGGAACUAAACAUACUCUUACCAGAUGAUCCAGUAUCCAUGGUCCUUGGUAUUUACCCAAAGAAGUUGAAAUUUAUGUUCAUUCAGAAACCAACACAUGCAAGCUGUUUCAGGGGUUUUUCUUUGUUUGCACAUGAAUGUUUAUAGCAGUUAUAUUCCUCAUUGCAAAACUUAUGAAGGUGAAUGAAUGUCUUCAGUAGGUAAAUGAAUAAACUGAUGCAUCCAGACAAUGGAAUAUCCAGCACUUAGAGGAAUGAGCUAACAGGCCUUGAAAAGACUUGGAAAGACUUGAAAAGACUUACUAAACCAGAUGCAGGUGUGAGUCUACAGAUAUCUCUAGGCCUUUGUCUUUGGAGCCACCUUGAGCUGUGUGAGUUUUCCCAGGUCUGCUUGCUUAGUACCCUGUCUGGUAAGGAGGGAGACACACAGGAGGAAGAAUGGCUGCAGGAUUUCUGACAACCAGGUCACAGGAUUCAGUGACCUUUGAGGAGGUGGCAGUGGACUUCUCCCAAGAGGAGUGGGCGCUGUUGGACCCUGCUCAGAAAACCCUGUACAGAGACGUGAUGCUGGAGAACUACAGGAACCUGGCCUCCGUGGGAUACCCUCUCUGCAAACACAGUCUGAUCACGGAGGUGGAGCAGGAAGUGCUGGGGACAGAGGAGGGGGCAAUUCUCCAAGGGGCCUUUACAGAUUGGGAUAUUCAACUGAAAUCAAAAGAUGGGAUUCCUCUGAAGAAUGCUUCUGGGGGAAAAACUUGCAAUAGCAUAAAAAUGGUACCAACUCAACCUGGCAAGAAACCCUUGGAAUUUGAUCAUUGUGGAAAAUUCUUCAGAAAGAACUAUCACUUUAUAUGUACAAGAUAUUGUGAGGGAGAGAAAUGCUUCAAUUAUAAAGAAUAUGGGAAGGACCUUGGCCACCCCUCAACUCUUAGCAGUCAUGUAAGUACUCACAGUGGAGAGAAAACUUGUGAGUUUAAUAAUUGCGGCAAAGCUUUCCAUCAAGAGGCAUCCCUUAGGAAAUGCUUAAGGACUCUCACAAGAGAGAAAUCUCAUCCGUGUAAUCAGUGUCUUAGGUCCUUCAGCUUACACUCUUCCUUUUCAGUACAUGUGCAAAUACCUACUGGAGAGGAAUUCUGUGAAUGCCAUGAUCAUGAAAAACGAGCCUCCCUUGGUGUCCACAAAACAAUGUGUACCAUGGAGGAAAGCUCAGAAUGUAAGGAGCACGGAAAAGCGUUCACCAGCUCCUCGUCCCUUCAGAAAUGUGUGAGACCUCGUGCCAGAGAGAAGCCUUAUGAAUGUGGUGACUGUGGGAAAGCCUUCAUUUUUCAGUCUUCCCUUAAAAAGCAUGUGAGAUCUCACACGGGAGAGAAACCGUAUGAGUGUAAUCACUGCGGAAAAUCCUUCAGCCAGAGCUCUCAUCUUAAUGUGCACAAAAGGACUCACACUGGAGAGAAACCCUAUGACUGUAAGGAAUGUGGCAAGGCUUUCACUGUUCCUUCAUCCCUUCAGAAGCAUAUGAGAACCCACACUGGAGAGAAACCCUACGAAUGCAGUGACUGUGGGAAAGCCUUCAUUGAUCAGUCAUCCCUUAAGAAACACACUCGGUCUCACACUGGAGAGAAACCUUACGAGUGUAGUCAGUGUGGAAAAUCCUUCAGUACAGGCUCUUACCUCAUCGUGCACAAGAGAACUCAUACUGGAGAGAAAACCUAUGAGUGUAAAGAAUGUGGGAAGGCCUUUAGGAAUUCCUCUUGCCUAAGGGUACAUGUGAGAACUCACACAGGAGAGAAGCCCUAUCAAUGCAUUCAGUGUGGAAAGGCAUUCAGCACCAGCACUAACCUUAUAAUGCACAAGCGAAUACAUACUGGGCAGAAGUAUGAGUGAAAUGACUACAGGAAAGCCUUUGUUGGGCCUUUACCCCUCAUUCCUCAUUUUAGAACUCACACAAGAGAGCAGCCCUGCUGUGACCAAUGUAGAAAGUCCAGGCACAACUCUUGACUUACGCUGUACUGAGAACAAUCUUACGAAUGUUAUCGCUCUGUGAUUGUCUUUAUCAGUGAGUGUCUCAUCCUGAAAGUGUGACAGCUUGUUAACUGAUGAGAAUUAAAGGUUAUAUGGCACUCUAAAUGCUCCCUAGUCUAUACCACAAAAUUUUGAUAAAUAAUGUUUUCACCAUAAUUUAGUACUAAAUGUGGUCCAAUCCUCAUCAAGAUGUCUUGGACCUGUAGGUUAUUUAGAAAUGGAUUUUCAAUGUGCAGACUCUGCAUAUUUUAGUUAUUUUUGGUAGAUUUCUAAUUUAAUUGGAUUAUACACAGAUGCAUGGUCUUUAUGAUGUAGAUUCUGUAUGACAUUAUUUAAAACAAAAUUAUUGGAGACUUGCUGUGUGGCCCAAUGUGUCAGAUACAGCGAGUAUCCCCAGAUCCAUUCCUCCUUCCCUUUCCUAAAGUAACAAAACUAUAGUUAUAUUCAAGUUGACAGUGUGAACAAUUUUUUAAGGAACUCUCUCAACUUACUUUGCUGCUUUGAGCCCCCAUAAGCUCUCGGUUCUGGUCAGUGAGAAAUAGAGGUCACUACUCGUGGGUUCUAAAGAAGCUGUAGCAAUGGGAGUAUCUCAGUUGGCAUAUUCUCUUCAACAUUUGCCCUGUGUCUCAUCUCUUUUUCUUUCCUAGAAAAUAGACCAAGAGGAUGAUAGUCAGAGGCUACUGAUUAUACCACAGGGAUAUACAGUAUCAUUUGGCUGUACCAACCUCGGGUUGCUUAUUUCUGGGCUUCAUCUAACACAAGAAAAAUAAAAUAACUGAUGUAAACCA